AUUAGUUAAGGCUUCAGGGUUAGGGAUCUUUUCCCCGUGAUUGUCACCUCAAGUAAGGAGAGGGAAGGGAGGGGAGAGGAGCCAUUCUAUUUUAUUUCGUUUGGCCCCGUCAAAACGAGGCCGGAAAACUGAGAAACAUCAGGUGGCAGAGUGUUUGAUUUUAUUAAAGAAUCUCAUUAAUGUCUUUUCCGUGGUGGAGGGGAAGGGAAGGAAGAGGAGGUAUCCCAAGGGUGUGAGGGAUCAGAUCGGGCCUUUUCCUCCGACCAGGGUUGGAUUUUUGCCCUGCUCUCCUAGGGUUGGCGGCUCCCAGAAGUCAGCCAGCAUCGAGCCCUCCUCAGUGGCCUGGGCUGCCACUCUCUUGACUCAAGGCCUGGAAGGUGCUUUACCAAUCUCACACGUACAGAGUCAGAGCACAGCUUUAGAAAUGGGCCUUUCCGGUCUGUAAUCCAAGGAACGUUGAGGGUUCUAGUAUAAUGCCAUGAUCCCAUCACAUUUUCUUCUUAAAUCUUGAAAGUCAGGUAGGUUUGGCAGUAAUGAGAAGAAAGAAAUAUUGAAGCGCUUCCUGAAUUACUGGUAGUCUUUCCUCUUUUCUCUAAGUCAGUUUCAAACCGAUUUCUAUCUCACUUUGGACUUGGGGCAAGAAACCCAGUGGUACUUACGGUCUUUUUGAUUCUCUGAAAAGAGCAAGAUUCUUGGCACACGAGCUUAUUAAAGAUCCCAUGGCACUUUUUUCAGGAUUAAGUUUGCUAAUGGUAACAACAGUUGGACCAAAAAAGCAUCUUUGCACGGAGCCACCUAAAUUUCCCCUAAAGUUUCCCUUGAUUUCCCAUCUAAAGCAAUUGUGCCAAUUCUUCCAUGAAUGUACAGAGUUGACUACUUUUGGGUGGUGGAUAAUUUUACUUUGUAAAAUGUUUAGAUAUAUUCAGUAUGAGAAUAUAAUUAUUAAUAUAUAGUUAUUAUAAUUAUCACCAUAUAAGUAUUAGUCCACUAUUAUAGUCCAUUUUUAUUCCAAAAUUACAUUCAGUAAUUUUCAGUGCAUGUAUGUAGUGUGGUUUUUCACAACUUGAAUUAUUUGUGUAUUGUACAGCCAUAAAAUUGUCUGGUGGUUAAGAUUAAAUAAUCAAUUCAGUUGGACCAAUUUAAUUACUGAUCAUUCAAUUCAAUAAAAAAUAUUUUAAUUAUUGAUUCUUCAAAGAAAAUAAGUAUAUUUGAUGGGUAGACAUUAGUAAUUGUAACUAAAAACCUGUAAAUUUAAAGCAGCUUUCUAAUUGCAAAACAAACAACAAAAAAAUCAAAUUAAUUGUACAGAGAAAAGGAAGCCUUUACCUAAGUCCUUUCAAUUUAAAUAACACAAGAUUUGAAACAGGAAUACCACUAUAUGUCAGAAGAGCAGUGUAUCUUGUCUAAUAUGACCUUCUUUGAUGUCCUUUCAAGCAGUUAGGGAUUUCCCUAAAUAUCUCCACUUUGCCUUAGUAAUUCAUCAUGGCUAUAUCAUCCUUGAAUUUAUCUAACUUCUUCUUGAACCUGUUUGUUUUCAUCCUCUACUUGGAGAGGCACCAUAACAUGAUGAAAUAACAGUUUGGCAAUCAGGAGUCCUGGCCUCUAGUCCUGUCACUGGAUAUGGGACCUUGGGCAAAUCACAUUACCUCAUAGACCUCAGUUUCCUCAUCUGUCAGAUGUGAUAGAAUUGGACAAGGGAUCUCUAAGGUCUCUUCUAGCCUUAAUGUUCUCCAGUUCUAUUCCUCUAGUUAGCAUUCCUUCCUCUCUGCUUCCUUCUCUGGCUCAGCUGUGGGCAUACACCAACACUGUUCUGGCCCUCUGCUUUUCUUCCUUUAUAUUCACCACUUAGGAUUUCAUCAUCCACUCUUAGGGCCGCAAGCAUCACCUUAAUGUGCAUGACUCCCAAAUCUCCAGCUCCAGCUCAUGGCUUUUCUGACUUCCAGUAUCUUGUCUCCAAUUGUCUUUGGAACACACUGGAUGCCCCAUCAGAACCUCAAACUCAACUUUGUUGGACAGAUAGGCACGACUUUUGAUAGUUGAUCAUAUACCUGUGGAACUAGUUGAGCCUAGUCAGUCACAGGAUCCCCCCAGAAUAAGAAUCUGCAUGCUAUAGUGGAGAGUGCUUACUUAGAAAAGACUCAGUUCAAAUCUCACUCAUUAGAUUUGUGACCAUGAGCCAUCAUCUCCCUAACCUUCUAACUUCCUUAUCUGUAAAAUGUGAAUCUCAGUACCCAUCAUACCUACCUCACAAGGUUGCUGUGGGGAUCAAAUGAGGUAAUGUAGGUAAAGUGGUAUAUAAAAACAUUAGCUGUUACUCUAUUGGAGUCUCUAGCUUGGUGGAGUCUGCCAGAGCUUGAGUUCUGCUGUUACGGUAUUUGAGGCCCCAGUGUUACUUCCAGACCAUAAUGUAGGUUAUUUUAGGGUGUCUUUUGCUCAUAUAUACAUAUAUAUAUAUUUUUUAAAUUUAAUUUAAUUUUAUUUUUUUUAUCCCCUGAAUCCCCUAAAUGAGGAAACAGGACCAGAGAAGCCUACUAGCUUGUUCUGGGUCAUGAGAGUUAGGAAAUGAAAGCUCUCUGGCCCUUUUAAACCUAGAUUUCCUGAUGCCAUGUCUAGAGCUCUCACCAUUGUGAAAAGAAAGGGAAACAAGCUUAACAUCUGUUCUUUAGGAUGCCAGAAAUGGCAGUUAUAGAAUGGUCCUCUCCUCCCCCACUCCCAGUUAACUACAUGUAUUGGUCACAAGUGGGAGUUAUUUAGGGGCCAAUCUGUAUCCCCAGAGCCAUUUGUUUUUGGCAGAGCCCACUUUCCCUCGAACACUUCCCCAGAUUGCGCCGUCGCCACUAUCUAAGAAUGUGAGCAGUUGCUAGGACAGUUGGUUUUCAAUGGGCUUCUAGUUUCCUCUGUUGAGUUUUAGGUUUUGAAAACAGGAAUUAAUUUAGCUAGACCCUAGGUGAGGGGUUCUUAACCUUUGUGUGUCAUGGACCUCUUGGGCAGCCUGGUGAAACCUCUGGACCCCUCCUCAGAAUUUUGUUUUUGAAUAUAUGACAAUAAACUAUAUAGGAUUAUCAAGGAAUCCAAUUAUAUUGAAAUACAGUUAUCAAAAUAUUUAACAAAAAAGAAAAGAAAGCCAAGUUCAGACUCUUGGUUAAGAACCCCUGCCCUAGGUGAUCUCUAGCACCAGGUGUUGACUUUCAGGUCUAAUAGCUCACUCAUGAAUUCAUUCAGACCCCAGAAAUCACACUUGUGUCCUGGGCAUGGGUGCUGCAGACUUAGGUGGACAAAAGCAAUCUUAGAAUUGGAACCCAAAGCCCAGAAUGGCAGAAGGGGACAUUGUGGGAGCCCCACCUGAUCACCUCUGGGUACACCAGGAAGGUGUCUACCGGGAUGAAUACCAGCGAACAUGGAUUGCAUUUGUGGAAGAGGAGACCAGUUUCGUUAGGGCUCGAGUGCAGCAGGUACAGGUACCCCUAAGUGAUGCAGUCAGGCCCAGUCAUCUCCCUCCCUCACAGCUACCACUAAUGUGGCAGCUGUACCCUGAAGAGCACUACCUGGAUAACAACUCUAGGAUAUGGGAGAUAGAGCACCACUUAAUGGUCAGGGGAGUUGAGGAGCUGUUGCUUAAGCUCUUGCCUGACGAUUAAUCUGGUGCUGGGAUUCUAGGAAGAUAUGUCCAUUUGUUGUGUACAUUAUAUGGGAAUCACUUCACCCAGCACUGAAGUGCAUCUACCUUUGGGG